AUGUCGUCAAGUUUUGUUGGCAAAGAUAGAGUAUUAUCUACCGAAUUAGAUAUCGAAGGCAAUCCUGGAUUACUAGGUUCUGUCUAUUCAGACUCUAGUGAGUCACACGAUGUGACCCAUAAAACCAUUGCCAGCGAAAAAAAGGAACCUUUUACAGAAUUUAAUUAUACAGCAGAUGAUGAGUUAGAUGAUACAUCGUCUGGCAUCAAUAAUCAAUUGUCAUUAAAAAAUUUUACUUUUUUCAAUAAAAUUGGUUCAAUAUUAAAUGCUGAAACAAAAGGUAUCGAACCUGUUACUGAUGAUGAAAAAGAUGAUAAUUCUGUCUUAAAUGCAGCUUCAAUGUGGUUUUCCGCAAACAUGGUAGUAGCUUCUUACGCUUUAGGUGUUAUUGGUCCAUUGGCCUAUGGAUUAAAUUUUGGUACUUCUGUAUUAACCAUUAUUUUUUUCAACCUUAUAGGUAUGGCACCGGUUGCGUUCUUUUCGGUAUUCGGUGCUGAAUUUGGUUUAAGGCAGAUGGUAUUAUCAAGAUUUUUAGUUGGUAAUGUAACUGCAAGGAUAUUUGCUUUUAUUAAUGUUAUUGCUUGUGCUGGCUGGGGUAUUAUUAAUACUAUUGCAUCAGCUCAAUUGAUUAGUAUUGUUAAUCCUGGCCCACAUCACUGUCCGCCAUGGGCAGGUGUCUUGAUUAUUAUUGGUGGUACUAUUAUGGUAUCAUUAUUUGGUUAUAGGGUUAUUCAUACUUAUGAAAAAUACUGUUGGAUUCCAAAUUUUGCUGUUUUUUUAGUUAUUAUUGCUCGUUUGGCUAGAUCUGGCAAUUUCUCAAAUGGUCCUUGGGGUGGAGGUGCCAACACCGCUGGAGGUGUAUUGUCAUUUGGAAGUGCCAUCUAUGGGUUUGCUGCCGGUUGGGCUACCUAUGCUUCAGACUAUACCGUAUACAUGCCAAGAAAUACUAACAAAUAUAAGAUUUUUUUCUCUGUUUCUGUGGGAUUGACAAUUCCUUUACUUUUCACCCAAAUUCUAGGUGCUGCUGCUGCGAUGGGAACUUUCAACGAUCCUGUUUGGAAAGAAUAUUAUGACAAAUAUUCUGUAGGUGGAUUGACUUUUGCAAUCUUAUCCAUCGACUCUGUUGGUGGAUUUGGUCAAUUCUGCUGUGUGUUAUUGGCUUUAUCAACAAUAGCCAUUAACAUCCCUAAUAUGUACUCCAUUGCAUUAUCCGCACAGUCGUUGUGGAAUCCUUUAUCAAAAGUGCCAAGAGUGUUUUGGACAUUACUGGGUAAUAUUGCUGUAAUUGCAAUUGCAAUUCCUGCUUACUACAAAUUUGAGAAAUUCUUAACUAAUUUCAUGGAUUCCAUUAGUUAUUAUUUGGCAGUGUAUAUAUGUAUUGCUUGUUCUGAACAUUUUAUUUGGAGACGUGGUUUCAAAGGUUACAACCCUGAGGAUUGGAACAGCUGGGAUAAGCUACCGAUUGGUAUAGCAGGAUGUACUGCAUUCGGUAUCUCCAUUAUUGGUAUCGCCCUAGGUAUGGCGCAAAGUUAUUGGGUAGGUAACAUCGCAAGAUUAAUUGGAACAGAUGGCGGUGACAUUGGAUUUGAAUUAGCAAGUAGUUGGGCUUUUAUUAUCUACAAUAUCUUGAGGCCACUAGAAUUAAAAUACUUUGGUCGUUGA